CCCGGGCGGACGCGGCCCGCGGCAUGGACGCGGCGGCGCUGCAGACGUACCGCGCGCAGCUGCAGCAGGUGGAGCGCGCCCUGGGCGCCGGCCGGGACUCGCCCGAGGAGGCCGACCUGCGCCAGCUGCAGCGGGACCUGCGGGAGCUCAUCGAGCUCACCGAGGCCGGGCUGGCGUCCGACGGGCCCGGCGCCCCGCCUGAGCCCCCGGCCCCGGCCGCCGCUGCGGGCCCCGCGCCCGCCGAGGAGCUGAGCGGGACCAAGGUGAACGCCCCCUUCUACAGCGCCUGGGGCUCGGCCGAGUACCACAACGCCAUGGUGGUGGGCACGGAGGAGGCGCGCGGCGGCGCGGCGCGCGUGCGCGUGCUCUGCCUGUGCCCCACGCGCGCGGCGCUCAAGCCCUGCCCGUUCUUCCUGGAGGGCAGGUGCCGCUUCACGGAGCGCUGCAGGUUCUCCCACGGGCAGGUGGUCCCUGUCGACGAGCUGCGUCCCUUCCAGGACCCGGACCUGAGCUCCCUGCAGGUUGGCUCUGCGUGUCUGGCCAAGCACCAGGACGGCCUCUGGCACCCAGCGCGGAUCACUGAUGUGGACAGCGGCUACUAUACAGUCAAGUUUGACUCCCUGCUGCUGAAGGAAGCGGUGGUGGAAGGCGACGGCAUCCUGCCCCCACUGCGCACGGAAGCCACCGAGUCCUCCGACUCGGAGAGCAGCGACACAGACGGCGCCGGCUAUGCCCGCGUGGUGGAGCCGAGCGCCGUGGACACUGGGACCUGCAGCUCUGCCUUUGCUGGCUGGGAGGCGCAUACGCGGGCCAUCGGCUCCAGACUCCUGGCUAAGAUGGGCUAUGAGUUUGGCAAGGGCCUGGGCCGCAACCUGGAAGGCAGGGUGGAGCCCGUGCAGGCGGUGGUGCUGCCUCGGGGGAAGUCGCUGGACCAGUGCGCCGAGAUCCUGCAGAAGAGGACGCGGGGGGACGGGGCAGGCGCCAGCAGGGCCCCGCGGGGCCGGGGGCGUGGGGGCGGGCCUGGGGCUGCCCCGCCCCCUCGGAGUGUGUUUGACUUCCUGAAUGAGAAGCUUCAAGGCCAGGCUCCUGGGGCCCCGGAGGCUGAGGUGGCCCCGUCCAGGAGGGGCAAGGACAUGUACCAUGCCAGCAAGAGCGCCAAGCAGGCCCUGAGCCUGCGGCUCCUCCAGACGGAGGAGAAGAUCGAGCGGACACAGCGGGACAUCCGGGCCACCCAGGAGGCCCUGGCCCGGAACGCUGGCCGGUACAGCGUGGCCGCCGCCCAGCUGGAGGAGAAGCUGGCAGGAGCCCAGCGGCGGCUGGGGCAGCUCCGCGCCCAGGAGGCCGGCCUGCAGCAGGCCCGGAGCAAGGCAGACACCCACAAGAAGAUGACGGAGUUCUAGAGACCCCGGCCCCAGGCCACCCUGACACCAGGACACGGCCUGAAGAAGGACUCUCUGCUCCCAGGCUGCCCCGUGGUGGCCCCCCUGGCCUCAGGGGCACAGACACUGUCCAGUGGAGGUGGGGCUGGAGGGUCACUUCUGGACACCUGCUGUGUGCUGGGCAUCCCCUUAGCGAGGACAUUAAAGUCACUUCAUCAGUGUUCAGUGGAGGCUGAGCUGUGGGUGUCGGGGGGCACCCUGCACAGGGGGCUCAGGAAGGCUGUGGGUGUCGGGGGGGGCAUGCUGCACAGGGGCUCCAGGGAGGCUGGCGUCCUCCCUGUCUCCCAGCCAAGGGGGUCAGCCCCAUGCCCUGUUCUGCCCAGCAGCGAGCUGGGUGAGGGGCAACCACAGAAGGAAGAAGUUGGGACCCUUGAGGGGCAGCUGGACAGGGUCGGAGGCAGCCGCUGCCCAUCCAGGUCACCAGCCCUGCCUGAGGUGGACACGAGUGAGGCUGUCCCAGAGGGGCCAGCUUGGGGUGAGGCUGUGGUGCUGGCUGCUGGGUGUCCCAGACAGGAGGUGAGGCUGGGAGCUCCCCUAGACGAGCUGGGAAGAGCUGCCCACCAUGGCCUUGGUAAGGAUCUGCGCCGGCACCACCUAGUCAGCUCCGUGGCCAGUGCUUCCCUGGGCCAGAGGAGGGCAGCGUCCUGGGUCCUGGGUCCUGGGUCCUGGGACGUGAGCCAGUCGCUCAGCCAGAGGCCUCUCCCCAGGUCUGGCCUCCCCCUCCCCCGCCACUCAGGCCAGACUGUGGCGAGGCCCAAGGCAGGAGCAGCUGUGGGUGAGGUCUGCGGCCCACAGGCCAGGCGUCUGACCUCCCGAUGGGGCCUUGGCCAGGUCAUAGUUGCCCUCUGUUCCUCACUGGCCAGGCUGGGCCAUCACCAGGGUCACCUUCACUGGCUGAUGGGGCCAGGCGGAGCUGGCCACACCACACCCUUCACCAGGAGCCCAGAGCCGGGCAGGAAUGUGGGUGCUUCUGGGGCAGGGCCAGGGCUUGCCGUGUGCUGAAUUGACCCCGGCGAGACGCAGAAGGGCCACCGCGUGGGUGCCUUCUCGUCUGCCCCCAGGCCCCCUCCACCCACGGCACUCGGGGGCCCUGGGCAGCAUCGCCUGCUGCAGGUAAGCCCACGAGCUUGUGUUCUCGCGUCCGGGUGGGCAGUGCCUUGCACCCAGGCCGACUGCUCUGGCCCUGUCCUCCAACUGGAAUAACACCACUCUUGUCCCCAGGAGGCAGGUGUGGAGGCUUCCGGCUGGGCCACAGGACAGUUUGAUGCCGGUGGUGGAGGUGGUGAGUGCCAGGCUGUCCCUGGGGCCAGGGCGGGCCAGGUGGGGGACAACCCGGCUUCCUUGUCAGGCUGACUGGGGCCCACCUCCGCUCCGUCAGUUGGACCCGGCCUGCACAAGCCGCCCCACAGAGGUGAGUGCAGGAGGGGCGCCGGGUGGGCCGGGGACUCCCCGGCCCACGCCUGCCCGGCGGCCUGCCAGCCCGGACCUCCUGCACACGUACCAGCCCAGCAGCUACCUCCUGCAGCGUGCGGCCGGCCCAUUGGCCAGCUCAGCCACGGGCACGCAGCUCCACCGGCUGAGUGCGCCCGCGGCCGGAGGCAGGACAGGCUGGCACCCCCAGGAGCUGCAGGGGGCCCGGCCGGGCGGCCCCACCGGCUCAGGUGGACCUCCUGGACUCCAGGGGCUGCAGGCGCUUGGGGAGAGACCCAGGCCGACCAGCUCCGGGGCGUGGUUGGACCUGGGCCUGGACAGCGGCCCCUGGAAACUGUACGAGACCCCGCGUGCCCGAGGCCCGAGAGUGGCAGUGGACCCCUGCGGUGGGGGCUCCCACCUGUUGUUCCUCCGCAGGCCUUACAAGACCACACCCCGCCCCGAGCACCGCAGCACGUGCAUCCGCCGCUGACCCCACAAGGCUCGGACGGCCGGGCCGCGGGCCUCGUCCUAAUAAACGGGCACUUCUCAGGAACGUGAAACGCGCGCGCCUCCCGUCCUGCGCUUCGUCGAAGCGUCGGAGACCCCCUCCACCGCGGGGGCGGCGGCGGCGGGUUGCGCGGGUUAGAGUAACCCGCUGGGAAGCUG